AUGUCCGCCGCUGCUGCCGCAACCGCCCCAGCCCCUGCCAAGGCCCACAAAGCCAAGAAAGCGAAGGUUCCUGCGUCGCAUCCACCCGUCUUCGAAAUGAUCAAGGCCGCUCUUGUUGCCCAUAAGGACAAGAAGGGUACCUCCCUACCCACGAUCAAGAGGCACAUCAGCGAACACUACAAAGUGGAUAUGGUCAAGUUGACUCCCCACAUCCGCCGAGUCCUCGUUUCGCAUGUUGCGAACGGCUCUCUGAUCCGCGUUGGCAACAAAGGGCAGGGUGCAUCCGGCAGCUUUAAGCUCGGUGAGAAGGCCGUCAAAAGCCCUAAGGUCAAGAAGGCCCCCAAGGUGGCGAAGGCUGCCAAGCCGAAGAAGGCCAGUGAGAAGCCCAAGAAGGUGAAGAAGCCAAAGUCCGCAGCUAAGAAGCCUAAGACUCCCAAGAAGGCUGUCGCCAAGAAGCCUAAGGUCGCUAAGGCCAAGACACCAAAGAAGUCCAAGCCUGCGGCAAUGCCCAAGGUUCACAAGGCUAAGCCGCCAAAGAAGCCGGUGGCUAAGAAGCCUGUCAAGGCCUAA